GGUUCCACAGUUUCAGGGUCUUGUCGCUGCCGCACGUCAGGCAGUAAUUGCCAUCCACUGGGGAACACCAGGCGGGGGUUACUGGGCCGCCGACCUCAGGAGGCGGGAGGAGGACCCGGAAUGAAGACAAAGGCGCUCACCAUUAAAUCGUACGGCUCGCACCGCCCCUUGCCCGCAGUCCAGCGUCUUCAACCGUUUCUGCGGCAGCUCCGGUGGCCGCGGCUUUGGCUCAGGGAAAGCCAUAGUCCCAGGGCCCCUUCCUCGCCGCUUUAAAUCGGUGUGUACGGACGAUUCCGCGCCUGAGAAACCCACGCUUGGGUGUAACCCUAUUAUUGUCCUCCCUGACCUACUUCCUGUUUCUCACUUUCGGGUUCAUCAUUUUGGCAUUUGAGUGCUCGGGUUAGAGCUAUUCAAGUCCGCUUUCAGGUUAUUUUCCCAAUUUCCCCUUUGCAAGGAAGAUUUCUGGGCUCUCCUGUCUCCAUUCUCUGGGUAGGGGGAGUCCAAGCCUCCGUCCUGAGGAACGGAAAUGCGAGGGCUUUGGGUGUUACUCUAAAAUCUGCCCUCCGCUUGCACGCCGGAAGCUGCCAUUCUCGCAGCGGAAGAGGUGUGACCGGGCUUUCGACUAGCUAUGUCCACUAACAGUAUGUCGGACCCACGGAGGCCAAACAAAGUACUGAGGUACAAGCCCCCGCCGAGCGAGUGUAACCCGGCCUUGGACGACCCGACGCCGGAUUACAUGAACCUGCUGGGCAUGAUCUUCAGCAUGUGCGGCCUCAUGCUUAAGCUGAAGUGGUGUGCUUGGGUCGCCGUCUACUGCUCCUUCAUCAGCUUUGCCAACUCUCGGAGCUCAGAGGACACGAAGCAAAUGAUGAGUAGCUUCAUGCUCUCCAUCUCUGCCGUGGUGAUGUCCUAUCUGCAGAAUCCUCAGCCCAUGACGCCCCCGUGGUGAUACCAGCCUAGAAGGGUCACAUUUUGGACCCUGUCUACCCACUAGGCCUAGCCUUUGGCUGCUCAACCUGCUUCCCUCAGCUGCUGUCCUGGACUUCCCUGAAUGAGGCAGUCUCAGUGCCCCCAGCUGGAUGGAGGGAAUCUGGCUUUUUCCUAGGGAACAUCCUAGGCCUACCCCUCUUGCCUCCCUUCCCCUGCCCACUGCUGGGGGACAUGCUAUCCAUGUUUCUAGGGGUAUCCAUUUGCUUUCUCGUUGAAAAAUGUUAAUAAUAAAGUUUUUCACUCUGGC